AUGGAAGAAUCCAGCCUCACAACCAACAGUGUAGAAUGCUCCUCUUCCCAACUUAGUCUGGUCCCCAUGAACGGGCCUUUUGAUUCUUCCUCCUCGGACCUCGGUUCCCCCCGCUCCAAGUCAAGCUCUGAUCUUCCACCCGUUGCCGUCCGUUACGUCGGUGAUUUGCCCUCAAGGACUGCUUACGAGCAUAAUGCGACACCCUGUCCUCCCACCAUCUUCGCCUUCGACGCAGACCGUGGGGAAUUUGAGAAGUAUCGAUCGGAGGUGGCAGUAGGAGCCGAGGUGCCUUCCUUCGCAGGUCCAGAGGUGGUCAACAAACGGUGCCGACGGAUCUUUGCGCGCUGUGAUGCCUGGCUUUCCCAGUCAACUCAAUUUUAUGGCCAACCACCUGAGAGUCAACCGGCUUCUGUGGCGGGAGAGUAUGAAACCCAGUCAUCAACGUCCUCAGCGGUGCUGGCUGAUGAUUCGGUUUCACAGGUAGCAGCUAAAAAAGCAGCCGGAGUAGUAGCUGUGCACGAGUUGACGGAUGCGGAUAGGAUCGCCAACCUGGAGAUUGAGUUGGGUCAACUUCGAGCCCAGCUGGCCAAACUGGUGUUCCAGCAGGAGCGCGAUCGUAUGGGUUUUCCCGCCACCGCAGCUUUUGAUGGUGAGAAGACAGCACCAGUAAAGGAGUCCUAUCGCGAGAUCACUAUCGCUGCCGCCAUCACCUCGCCCCCCACUGCCGUCGACGAGGCGUUCAGUGACUCGGGGGUGGUGGAGACUGCCUCAUCGGGACUUCUUGUGCCGCCAUCACAACCAGCGUUUUCUGGGCCUGUUCCACCUCCUCCUCCUCCUCCUCCACCGCCGCCACCUCCACCAUCGACCUUCGAUUGGCGCAGCAAGCUGCUGGAAAAGAGGGGUCUCAACCCGUCAAAACUGCCACAACCAGCAGCUAGGGGUGACAUGUCCCAAGUUUUAAAGGAGCUUACUUCUGGUUCAAUCAAACUGCGCUCCGUGCGUCGUUCCACUGGUGGGACACCUAUCCGAGAGCGCGAUGUUGAUCCCAGUCGACUAGAUCCCGCCGAGUUGAUUGCACGUGCAUUGAAAGCGAAGUUUGCCAACAUGCGCCACGAGUUGGACAGCCCGGAGAGUCCGGACAGUCCGAAGAGGCAACCAAAGGAUGACGAAAACGAUAACGAGUUCACACCGCCCCUCACUCCGAUCUUUCAAACACCGAUGCUGCGGCGAGUUCGCAACCGAGGAGCAGAAGGUGCUCUACGAUCUGGUGAUUUUAGAGCAAAGCAAGGUGCCACUUCUGAUGCGACUACUUCUGCUACACUGCCUUUCGGCCGUCACAUGCUACGUCCAGUAAAUCGCGAUAAAUUGCCCGUCUCAGUCCUUUCGGAACUGAGCUUCGACACCCCCAAUUCUUCAAAUGUUUACUCACCAUAA